CUUUCCGUGAAUUGAUUUCCUGAAAACAGAUUUAUAGAGCUACUUUUAUGAGCUGGUAUGAGCAAUUACAGCAAAGCUGGGACACACAGUGUUAUAGUGCCGCUCCCUGAUUCAGCACCCAGUGAUGGAUAGCACUCAUUGCGCGGAAACUGAUGGCACGGUACUCGCUCUCCUCCGGUCCAAACAGCGCUGACAGUGAGCAGAGACGGAGACUUAUCUAUGCUGAGAUCUAAAGUAAGUCAGUCAGAGCGCUGUCACUGUCAUUCCCCGCCUACAGACUUGAAAGCGGUUAUCGUGACAGUAGCUGUGAUGUGGUCCUAACGUGCUUCUCAGCUGCGAAGAUGACAGAUGUUGCUCACACUUUUCCACAUAGCGUUUCGACAGUGGACGGAAGCUGCUCCGUGCUUUCUUGUGAAGUUUUCUUUGCUGUCAAGAGGACGAAAUGGGAUCCAACCACCUGUUCUCCGCCGGGACGGCUUUUAUUUGGGCGCUACUCUUGAGUCCGGCCGCCCUCUGUGACGAGAAGACCCACUCACAUGCUGAAGAUGACCUUUUCAAGACCCUGUUCGCUGGGUACAACAAGUGGUCGAGACCUGUGCCAAACAUCUCCGACGUCGUCAUUGUCAAGUUUGGACUCUCCAUAGCCCAGCUUAUUGAUGUGGAUGAAAAGAACCAAAUGAUGACAACCAACGUGUGGCUUAAACAGGAGUGGAAUGACUACAAGCUUCGCUGGAGACCGUCUGACUAUGACAACGUGACAUCCAUAAGAGUGCCGUCAGAGCUCAUAUGGGUACCAGAUAUCGUCCUCUAUAACAAUGCUGAUGGCGAAUUUGCUGUGACCCACAUGACAAAAGCUCACCUAUUCUACACGGGCAAAAUUCGCUGGGUGCCUCCUGCUAUUUACAAGAGCUCUUGCAGCAUUGAUGUCACCUUCUUCCCCUUCGAUCAACAAAACUGUAAAAUGAAAUUUGGCUCCUGGACUUACGACAAAGCCAAAAUUGACUUGGAGCAGAUUGAAAAUACUGUGGAUCUCAGCAACUACUGGGAGAGCGGCGAAUGGGCCAUCAUCAAUGCCGUGGGAACGUAUAAUACAAAGAAAUAUGACUGCUGCCAUGAGAUUUACCCAGACAUCACCUACUUCUUCAUCAUCCGACGUCUUCCCUUAUUUUACACAAUCAACCUCAUCAUCCCCUGUCUGCUUAUCUCAUGCCUCACGGUUUUGGUUUUCUAUCUACCGUCAGACUGCGGUGAGAAGAUCACCCUGUGUAUCUCCGUGUUGUUAUCCCUCACUGUCUUCCUGCUACUCAUCACGGAGAUCAUACCGUCCACAUCCCUCGUUAUCCCUCUCAUCGGCGAGUAUCUCCUCUUCACCAUGAUUUUUGUCACCCUGUCCAUCGUUAUCACUGUCUUUGUCCUCAACGUCCACCACCGCUCUCCCAGCACUCACAAGAUGCCCCACUGGGUCCACUCUGUGUUCCUGGACUUGAUUCCACGUUGGUUGUUCAUGAGACGGCCCGCACCGGAUGGCCGCCGUCGCAGGCUGCUGCUCCUUCAACAGGAAGCGGUGGCAGAGCGGCGCCAGCUCCGAAUAGCCGGGUAUAAAUCGGGCAACUGUAUUAGCACCUCAGCUAACUGGUUAAGAGAUGGGACCACAUUGGAAGACCCCGAGAGAAGCUGUUAUGAGGACUUGGAGCUGGGAACACUGACAUCCUAUUUCUCCUUCCGUCCUCCUUCUCCCAGACCUCCAGGGUCAACUCCUCCACCACAACAAAAAACCCCACAGAACAGCCAGAGCCGACAAGAGGUGGUGGCAGGGGGGAACAGGCACUUAACUGGAACCAGAGGUAAUUCCACUCCUCGGCCGGCUAAAGUUGACAAUAAAGUGUCACAGUCAGCUUUCCUGCUUUCACCAAGUGUCAUGCGUGCAUUAGAAGGGGUGCACUACAUUGCAGACCACCUGAGGGCUGAGGAUGCUGACUUCAGUGUGAAAGAGGACUGGAAGUAUGUUGCUAUGGUGAUUGACCGUAUCUUCCUGUGGAUGUUCAUUAUUGUCUGCCUGCUUGGGACAAUUGGUCUGUUCUUGCCACCGUGGCUAGCCGGCAUGAUUUAAGGCUUCUGGGAAAGGGUUGAAUUCACAGUCACCUCCUCUUGAAAGAUAUUUUAAAGUGUAGCUGAACUCUUCUUCAAGUCGGGUAAUCUGACUCAACUUUGUGUAACUCGGUGCAACCCAGGUGUCCUCAAAAGGCCGUUGUGCUCUUUACACGUCACCAAAUAUAACUUAUGAAUAGUGGAGACAACUCUGCUAUUUUCAGAUUCUUAUUCCCAGUUGGAUAAAAAUCAACUACAAUCUACAUUUUUAAGGGAAGAUCAGACUCAGUAACCUACUGUUAGCUAUAAAGUCUUGGCUCAAGUUUCAUCUCAGAUGCACUUUGUCAGCCUCAGGUUUACUCCUUCAGCAUCAUCUGUAACAUUUCUCAGGUUGUUUUUGACCUGAAUGCAAACAUUUGCAUGUUAACAUUCACUAAAGUUAACAUGGCUGUUGAAAACUGUGCUAAUGUUGGUAUUUUAAUGUGCAAAUGUUAAUCACUUUUUAGCAUGUUAGCAUAACAUGCUAGUUAAAUAUAUAGUGCCAACGGCUGUCUUAGUAGGGUGUCACAGUGAUCAUAUUUUUCUUUCCUAUAGUUUCAGGGAUUGCAGCUUAAAACUCAACAACUUAAUAGCAUUGCAUUCACUGAUAGCAGGGGGAUCAGUGAAAGCUGUUUGUCAUCUUACUGUCUUAGCAGAAGUCAAACUCUGAAUCAAACUCAGUUUAUCAUCCCAAUGUUAGCUUGUUGUAAAAGGCUCAAGGAUGGAGAUUAAAACAUUAA